AUGCCAGAACAAAUAACAAAAACAAUUACAGUCCUCCCAGGAGACCAUGUCGGUACAGAAAUCACAAACGAAGCAAUAAAAGUUUUGCAAGCUAUUGAAAAUUCAACACCUUUUCAGAAUAUAAAAUUCAACUUCAAACAACAUUUAAUUGGAGGAGCAGCAAUCGACGCAACGGGGGAACCAUUACCGCAAGAUUCACUAGAUAGUGCUAAAUCAUCUGACGCAGUUUUAUUGGGUGCUGUAGGUGGACCGAAAUGGGGUACUGGUCAAGUUAGACCAGAACAAGGAUUAUUAAAAAUUAGAAAAGAAUUGAAUUUGUAUGCUAAUAUUAGACCUUGUAAUUUCUUAAGUGAUUCAUUAUUAGAAUUAAGUCCUAUUAGAGCAGAUAUAGUAAAAGGUACAAAUUUGACUAUUGUUAGAGAAUUAGUAGGUGGGAUUUAUUUUGGUGAAAGACAAGAACAAGAAGCAAGUGAAGAUGGUGAAACUGCUUGGGAUACUGAAAAAUAUACCGUUAAAGAAGUUCAAAGAAUUACACGAAUGGCUGCGUUUAUGGCAUUACAACACAAUCCACCAUUACCUAUUUGGUCAUUAGAUAAAGCUAAUGUAUUAGCAAGUUCAAGAUUAUGGAGAAAAACAGUUGAAUCAACUAUAAAAAACGAGUUUCCUGAACUCACUAUACAACAUCAAUUAAUAGAUAGUGCCGCAAUGAUAUUAAUUCAAAACCCGACAAAAUUAAAUGGUAUUAUAAUAACUUCAAAUAUGUUUGGAGAUAUUAUAUCAGAUGAAGCAAGUGUCAUCCCAGGAUCAUUAGGUUUAUUACCAAGUGCUUCUUUAGCGUCAUUACCAGAUUCAAACAAGGCGUUUGGAUUAUAUGAACCAUGUCAUGGAUCAGCUCCUGAUUUACCAGAGAAUAAAGUUAAUCCAAUAGCUACUAUUUUAUCAGUUGCUUUAAUGUUAAGAUUAAGUUUGGAUUGUGUUAAGGAGAGUGAAGCUUUGGAAGAAGCUGUUAAACAGGUUUUGGAUCUGGGAGUAAGAACUGCUGAUUUGAAAGGAACAAGUAGUACGAGAGAAGUAGGGGAUGCUGUUGCUAAUACUGUUUCUAAGAUUUUAAAAUCUAAAAAAUAA